GAUUACUUUCCGAAGACUGUCGAUAUAUCGAUUAGCAGUCAGCUGUUUUCUGAACUUCCAUCUUCAGAAAUUAAAUGUAAAUUUGUUGGGCCGUAAAAUUAUAAAUACUCUUCAGUUUAAACAUAUUUUUCAAUGGCAGACGAUCCAAGUAAACCCUCCACCUCGAAGAAAGCUGACGAAGCUCCCCUUUUUCCGCCCGCCAAACCUGGAAAACGAGUGGACUAUGGCACAAACAACACACUGGAGCUGCUGGAGCGCAUUCCCAGCCAGGUGGUGGAUCUCAAAUUGGACGAUGUCCUCACCGCCGUCAAGGAGGUGGACAACCUCUGCGACUAUCCCCGCUGCAAGACCAAGACGAGCCUCAUGGGCCAGGACUGUCAGCAAUGCAAGAAGAGAUUCUGCUUCAAGCACGGUCUGCCGGAGGUCCACGGAUGCGGCGAAGAGAUCAAGCGGGACGAGCGGAAGAAGUUUCUGCAUCCCAAGCCAGCGAAAACCAUAAGACAGGAGGAGGAUGUCAAGAAUGCCAAGAAGCGACUGGAUGCCAAGCUUAAGGAUAUGCAACUGGGACGAACUCAAAAGGCCACGGGCGGGGGCUCCAAGAAAAAGAAGGGGAAAUAGAAUAGAAUGUACGCUUAUUUUAGUUUAUUAAAUGUUUAGAAGCCCAAGAUGAAGGUACUUCUUUUAAAGAAGGGAUAAAGAUCUAAGUAGCACAACUAUACUGUUUUCAGUUGCUUAUUUGCAGACUUUGUUUCUGGAUAUAAAAAGCAUGCUCAUUCACUUUAGAUACUUGAUUAAAUUUGUAAUUGUAUAAUAUUAAAUGCGAAAACAACAA